AUGUUGCACGCGGGAACGUCAGCAAACGAUCCGAAAUCGGCUGCGAACCGCUCACCUCCACGCACGGUGCCCGAUGAUAAAGGAAGAUGUGGUCCAAGCAGCAGCAGCAGGACUUGGCGUGGACUUGCUGCACGGAAACUCAGCAAGACUCUCAAGUGUGAUCAGUGUAGUUACGUGACGUGCUACCCGUCCCGGCUGACCCGCCAUCGCAGGGGUCACACCAAGGACUUCCUGUGGUGUCAUCUGUGUUCCAGCCACUUCUGGGACAAGAGUCAGCUCGUGUGUCACUUGAAGGCGCACGCUGGCAUGAUCGUGUGUGACGUGUGUGGCAAGAAAUACUCGUCAACCAGUGGACUGGCCAGGCACAAGAAGUGUCACAUGCUCAAAUGA